AUGGAUUUAAUGUCAUUAUCGGAAGCUAAAGUCAAGCGAACUACCAUUAAGGCAACUUUAACGCGACAUAAAAAUGCUAUAGAUAGUUUUGACGUAGAUCAAAAUUCACGACACGAUAUUAAUGAGCGUAAAAGAAGAUUGACAGAAUUAUGGGAUAAUUUUGAAAUCGUGCAAUCGCGAAUAGAAAUGCUCGAAUAUGCAGAUUCUUCAAACAAAAAUAAGGAAGAGCUGCUCGUUCAACAAGAACAGCAAAGAACACAUUUCGAAUCCAUAUAUUUUAAUAUGAUUUCGCGUUGUGAUUCACUCAUCGAAUAUUUCGAUAAAAAUAAUCCCCAACCGUCCACAUCACAUGUGGAUGGUUCGCAAGGUGAUACUCACGCCUCUACACAUAGGGAAUCGCGUAUUAAAUUGCCAAAAAUCGAGCUUCCAGUGUUCACAGGUUCCUAUGAUGAUUGGUAUUCAUAUCAGGAUGUAUUUGAAAAACUAAUACAUGCCAAUGAAGGUCUCUCGGAGAUUGAAAAAUUCCAUUAUCUACGCUCCUCACUCAAGGAUAAAGCAGCUGAAAUUAUAAAAUCCAUUGAGACCACCACUGACAACUACAAUGACGCAUGGGCGUCGGUUAAGGAACGGUUUGAUAAUAAGCGUUGGAUAAUCCAUAAGCAUGUACAAGCUAUAUUCGACGCUCCGAUACUCAUCAAAGAAAAUCACAGUCGUUUACGCGAGUUACUAGAUGCUAUCUUAAAACAUUUAUGUGCACUUAAAGCCUUGAAAAGACCCACAGAAUCGUGGGAUGAUUUAAUCAUUCAUAUUGUCGUCUCAAAACUUGAUCCAGCAACGAGUAAGGCUUGGGAAACUAGUUUGCCCGACAAAGACGUUCCAAAUUUGAAGUCACUAAUUGAUUUUCUUUCCAAGCGUUGUCAAGCGCUUGAAACAAUUUUUAGCAAGCUGUCAACUAAUCAAUCCACUAAUAAUUCAAAAUCCAUUAAGUCCAAAGGGCCUUCCGUCUCAAAUCUUGCUACAUCUAAUGUAUCUUGUCCACAAUGCAAAGAAGGUCAUUAUUUAUAUUAUUGUGAAACGUUUCUUAAGCUACCAAUAGAAAAAAGAAUUUCAGUCGUAAGGAAGGCUCAUUUAUGCAUUAAUUGUUUAAGAACUAACUCACAUCUUGCUAAGGAUUGCAAUUCAGGUGCUUGUCGUAAAUGCAGUAAAAAACACAACACAUUGUUACAUUUACCGAAUGCUGUGAAUGAUAACAAGGUUUCUAUUGAUGAUGUGGCGUCCAACGAAUCGACUUCUCAAAGCAAGGCGUCUACUCAGCCAAUUGUCACACAAUGCGUAGCAGCACAUCACUCGUUGGACAUCAUACUAUCUACAGCUAUCGUACAUGUAUUCGAUUAUAAAAAUGAUAGACAUUCUUGUCGCGUGUUAUUAGAUAGCGGAUCUCAGAUGAAUUUUAUAACACAAGAAUUUGCUGAUAAGUUGCGUAUUAAGGAACAAUGCGUCGAGAUUGCUAUUACCGGAGUGAAGGGAACUAUUCAAGCUAAAAAAAUGAUCAAUGUACAUAUACAGUCACGUUUUAAUAACUUUAACGAAAAGGUAGAAUGUAUAAUUUUGCCGCAGAUUACUCAGCAAUUGCCUCAAACACUUGUACCCAAACAAGACAUAGCGAUACCUAAACACAUAAAGUUAGCCGAUCUUAAUUUUAACAUACCGUCUAAUAUCGACAUGUUGAUUGGUGCAGAGUUAUUUUGGAAACUUAUUUGCGCAGGUCAGAUUAAAUCUUCCAGAACUCAGCCAAUUCUACAAAAAACUCUUUUAGGAUGGAUUAUAUCUGGUCCGACUCCGAGCAAUAUUUCAAGCUCGAGCUCUUCAGCUUCUAAUUGUUUAGCUGUAACAACAGAUCUAAAUCGUGCGCUCAGCCGCUUUUGGGAAAUUGAUCAUUUAGGGUCAUCUACGUUCCUUACGCCAGAAGAACAAGCCUGCGAACGUCUAUUUCAGGAUACCGUAAGGCGUAAUAACGAAGGGCGAUUCAUAGUUCAGCUACCAAUCAAAGUAGAUAAAUUAGUGAAUCUUGGAGAUUUCCAAGAAAUAGCCACAAAACGUUUUAAGGUUUUUGAGAACCGUCUUAAAAAAUCACCGAAAUUACAUGUGGAAUAUAAGCUAUUCAUCCAAGAGUAUCUACAGCUUGGCCACAUGCGUGAAGUUACUUCUCAUUUGGAAUCAACCCACAAGAAUUAUUAUUUACCACAUCACGCGGUAUACAAAGAGACGAGCACCACGACUAAAUUGAGAGUUGUUUUUGAUGGUUCCUGCAAAUCCUCAAGCGGAAUUUCAUUAAAUGAUACAAUGAUGGUUGGUCCUACGAUUCAGGACGAUCUAUUCUCAAUAUUAACAAGAUUUCGCACUUUCAAGUGCACCUUAACUGCCGACGUCACCAAAAUGUACAGACAAGUUUUGGUAGAUCCCAAUCAAACCUCUCUUCAACGCAUUUUGUGGCGUGACUCUAUGAACGAACCAAUUCGAACUUUUGAGCUUCUCACUCUUACAUAUGGCACCGCUGCCGCAUCAUUUUUAGCCAUUCGAUGUCUUAGGAAACUCGCCGAAGACAAUGCCAUCGCAUACCCAAAGGGAUCCAAAGUCGCUUUAAGGGAUUUUUACGUGGACGAUUUGGUAACUGCUGCAAACACAUUACAAGAAGCGUCAGUUAUUAAGUCAGAGACGUCUAAAUUACUAAUAGAAGGAGGAUUUAAAUUGCGAAAGUGGACCUCUAAUGAACCCUCCCUUCGAGACAAUCAAUUUCUAGAUUCUCAAAAGGAAUUUGUUUUAUCGUGCGAUAAAGAAGACGAGACGCGGACAUUAGGUCUCGUUUGGAAGACAGACCAUUUCAAAUUCUCAAAUAUCGCAUCUUUGCCGCCAUUGUCGACACCAUCUAAAAGAGCUAUAUUGUCAAGAAUUGCAUUAAUCUUUGACCCUCUAGGGCUACUUGGACCUACUACAGUCAUCGCUAAAAUCAUUAUGCAAGAUCUUUGGCGCCUCAAGAUUGACUGGGAUGAAUCUUUGCCCUUAGAUGUGAAUACUAAAUGGAAACGUUAUGAAGCUGAGUUACCAAUGUUAAGAAAUAUAUUUAUACCACGAAGAGUCAUUGCAUUGGAUGACUAUGUCAAGCUAGAAAUACAUGGUUUCGCGGAUGCUAGCGAGAUUGCUUAUGGAGCAUGUGUGUAUGUGCGUGUCACUGAUGCCAAUGGAAAACACUCUACUAGAUUACUUUGUUCGAAAGGUCGAGUAGCGCCCUUGAAGGCUUUAUCUAUUCCACGGCUUGAAUUAUGCGCAGCGCUAUUAUUGGCACAACUCAUCGACAAGGUACUGAAAUGCCUGACUGUCAAAAUAGAUUCGGUUUACUUAUGGACCGACUCUACUAUAGUAUUAGCUUGGCUGCAAUCAUGUAAUCGAACUUGGACUACUUUUGUUGCUAAUCGCGUUGGUGAGAUCCAGCAAUUAACUACUCCACAUCACUGGCAUCAUGUCAGCAGUCAAGACAAUCCAGCAGAUCUUUAUUCAAGGGGUGUGACUCCAACAUCGCUACUUCAAUCGCAACUUUGGUGGUCAGGGCCUACAUGGCUAAAUCUCGACAAAGGGAGCUGGCCUCAAUUUCCUUUUGUCAUAAACAAACAGGAGAUUCCUGAAUAUAAGGCUACUGCCAUCACCACGAUCGCAACGAAACAACCUUUCGACAUAUUUGAACGAUACUCAAAUUUCUUGAAGCUGACUCGCGUGGUAGCGUACAUCUUUCGAUUUUUUAACAACUUAAUGAGGAAGAUCAAACCUUCGAGAAGUUAUCCGCUACAACCUGGUGCGAAUAACAGUGUUUCGCCCGAUGAGAUAAAUCAUGCUACUCAAGUUUUGGUGAAAUUGGUCCAGAGAUUACACUUUCCCAAGGAAUUGGAACUACUCAUAAAACAACAAGAUCUGAACAAGAGUAGUCCUAUUAUACGUCUAAAUCCAUUUGUAGACGAAUCUGGAGUUUUACGAGUCGGAGAUCGGCUCAAGCUAUCUUACCUUCCAUACACUGCCAAAUAUCCAGCAUUACUGCCAGGACAUCAUCCAUUCUCACGUCUCAUUAUAAUUCACGAGCAUGAAAGACAUUUUCAUGCAGGCCCGCAAGCCACUUUGUCUGCUGUUCGUCAAAGCUACUGGCUUGUCUCUGCCAGAGAUGUAGUACGACAAAUUACACGCAAGUGUAUCACUUGCUUUCGAAGUUCUCCAAAAACGUCUUCAACGCUCAUGGGAAAUCUUCCCAGGGACAGAAUCACAGUUCCUAAACGAGUUUUCGAAAAAUGUGGAGUAGAUUACGCUGGUGCCAAACGAGAGUUAAGUAAAUUGGCGGCAUUGUUUAACGAGCAAAGGGAUCAACAACAAAUUAGCGAUUAUAUGGCUAUCAAAGGGAUCAAUUGGCAUUGCAUACCGCCUAGAGCACCUCAUCAUGGUGGGCUUUGGGAAGCUGCUGUUAAGGGAGCCAAGCGUCAUCUCAUUCGAGUAAUCAAGGAAGCCCAUUUAAGAUAUGAAGAAUUAGAAACUCUGCUCAUCCAAGUUGAAGCAAUUUUAAAUUCUCGACCACUUACACCUAUGUCCUCUGAUCCAUCAGAUCUCACAUCAUUAACUCCAGGACAUUUUUUGAUAGGAAGUCCGUUAACUUCAUAUCCUGAACCAUCGAUAGAAAAACUGCCAAUAAAUCGCUUGUCACGCUGGCAACAUGUCGAACAAAUACGACAACAUUUUUGGCAAAGAUGGACUCAGGCGGAAACAAUUGAGAUUGAGAGAGAGAGGAGAGCGAAAACUAGUGUUGAAGAAUUACUUAAGUAUAAGCGGGAACAACUUUUGAAGAAGAAUCUGGAAACUUCAGUUGUGCAAUUUAUAAGAAGUCGAGAGCUCGGCAUGAAAAAUCCCCGCAUAAUUUCAUUGACAGGAUUUUUCAAAUCUCGAAAUUAUUGGGUGAACUCGGUUGACAAUUGUAGCACAAGUUGGUGCAGGUAUAGAGAAGAAGAUCCUAAUCACACUGCAGUAAAAUGUUAUGGAAAUAGAUUACGUGCAGAACUUGAACAACUUGAAUUAUAUGAAGACAUAAAAAAACUCGAAGAAGCUGAGCAUGAGAAUAGGCUACUGCAAGACUUUGAAGAUUUGAAGUUUAUGAGAGUAUAUGAAUGGUCGACGAGAGGACCAGGAGCGGAAGUCUCUCAGCCCGACACAUCGCCCCUAGUCUUCCAGGAAUGA